CACACACACACACACACACACACACGGAGCAGAAGCCUGGGAGAGAACAAACACAACUGUUUUACUGAUCUUACUUGGUCACUGUAUAAACUACACACACACAUCAUGAGAGCUUAUUUCUCCACCAGUUGGAUAUUUCGAGGCUGGAUCUACUGCCUGGUCUUUGCCUUGUGUAUCCAGAGAAAACACGCCAAACCAACAUGCGCUCAAAAUCAGUACCUCUGGAAAGGCAAGAAGUGCUGUAGCAUGUGCAAACCAGGAACAUAUCUGUCUGCGUAUUGCACCGAGGACAGUGACACCAAGUGUCGGCCGUGUGGGAAGAACGAGUACCAGUCACAAUAUAACACCGAGGAGGCGUGUCUUCCACAGAAGUUCUGUGAUGAAGGGAAAGGAUUUUUUCGUCCCACUCCCAGUAGCAACACUGAGCUUGAAUCCUGUCGGUGUAGAGACGGCUUCCAGUGUACCACCACCUACUGCGAGUUCUGUGAUAAAAUCAAACCCUGUCCUCCAGGCCAAGGACUCGCAGGGGAACCUGGCAAACAGUCAUGUAAGGAAUGCGACUAUGGAUAUUUCUCUGAUUCCAACUCAGCAGAAGCAUGCAAGAAAUGGACAGAUUGUAAAGCCAUUAGCAAGACUGAGGAAAAGCCGGGCAGCGCUGAAGCAGAUGUGGUGUGUGGGCCGCCUUUUGAGCCUUCAACAUCGUGGGUCAUUGUGGCAAUACCCUGUGCCAUAAUCAUCAUAUUUGCAGUGAUUCUUUCCUGCUACAAGGAAAAAAUUAACAUCCUCUCAGUUAAUCUACGAACCUGUGUCCAGAAUAUUAAACAGAGCAGAAUCCAACAAGAGACACUAACACCACCGUACCAUAGCAACCGCCCCCUGUACGAGAUCACAUCUCAGGAGGAUGAAGGAACCACAGAAUACCUGAGCAUGUGCUCCAAAGCCAAUUGUGAUUCCCUUGGCCUAGACAAGGCUCAAGGAAACAAGAAAACCACACAUUCCUCUCAGCUGGAACGGGAUCAGGCCGAUGGAUCAUCAGGCAGCUCCAGCGAGGGCUCUGAGGGUCCAGGUUCUCCGCUUCCUGGCAGCUCCUGCAGCUGCUUGAUCAUGAAGGAGCCGAUGGAGGUGGGAGAGAACGAGGACUGCAGUGAGCUGGUGGCUACAGGCCUGGCCGUCUGCUGCUCCUGUGCUCAGGGGGAGAACGUGGUCGCCCAACCGAGGAAGGAAGGCGAUGUGAGCCUGAAAGAGUCUCCUCUGUGUGGGAACUGCUACACUGAGAGCCUUCCUGGAUGCCUGCAAGGCUCUCAGGAGCUCUACUUGGACUACAGCAGUGCAGCCGGCAAGGAGGUCACGUCAGAGGUCAGGGAUAUACAAAGUGACACAAGCACAUUUGACAGGAAAGAACCGCAAUGUUGCAGCAUCGAUUCCACUGUCGUGCUAUCAUCGCUUAGCACAAGCAACAACCAGGGGCUCCCGCUUAUCUCCAGAGCAGAUAACAACCAGCCCAAAGCUGAUGUGGACUUGGAAAUCCAAAGCCAGAGCUCUGAGGCUGCUCUUACCUGUGCUCAGGUGACAGGAAACAACAACACCACAUUCAUCUCCACCGGCCAGGUGAUGAACUUCACGGGUGAUGUUAUCAUGGUGUACGUCAGCCAGACGUCACUGGGCAGCAGCGGAGACGAAGAGCCUUAUGCCAGUCCAGUUCAGGAGCAGUCGGCUGAAUGCGGCUUUCAGAAUAUGCCCAAAUCCUACCAACACGCCGAAGAGCAUGAGAGACAUAUACCUGUGCAGGAAAUGACAAACCAGCGCCUUCAGUUAAAUCUCUCUGUCUGAACUGGAGCUUUGAUUUUCCUCUUUUAUUUCUUUCCAAGCAUCCAGAGUGCUGUUUGUUAAAAAUGCUGUGCAUUUGUUAGAUAUUUGUAUAUACAGUAUGUUUUGUGUUGUUUUAGAAUCAGCAUCUACAUGCUAUAAUUCUAUGAUGAUUUGUCUGUUAAUUCUACAUUGAAAUACAUCACAGACUGUAAUUUGCAGAACAACUUUCAAGGCCAAAUAAACACAAUGGGUCAAUGGAACAUGGAGCCAAACUGCUGAAUGACAUCUGCCAAACAAAAUCAUCACAGGUCCAGAGAAAGCAGAACUUUCAGAAGGGCAACAAAAGUGUUCCUGUCCCGGAUGUCCCUUCGCUCUUAGCUGUUGUAAAGGCGAGUUAGAGCACAACGUCUCCUUGAGAGAUCGCUUCAUGGACCAAAAGGAACGACUCAAAUCUGAAUGUGAAGAACCAUGCAGGACAUUUUGCUUAUUUUUGUAGUGUUUGUUAAAAAUGUGUUUUAUAUGAUAUACUUUUUGAUCAGGGAAUUUUAUGAUUUUCAGAUAUUCUUUAGAUUUCUUUUUUUUUGUUCUAUAUGGUGGCAUUUUUAGUCACCAACCUGACAAUUCAGUUUCACUGAAAUAAAAAGGAGUGUAGCCAUAGA